AGCGCGAUGGCGGCGGCUCCUUCAGGCAGCUGAAGGGGAAUUUAGGCCCGGAAGAUCCGAGUCCAUCCGUGGCGGGGAGAGGGCAAGCGUGGUCGGCAGGAGCCGGAGCAGGGGCAGCGGCGCUCGGACUGUCCCAUCCGCCCCAUAUUGUGGCUCUGGGAGCGGCUGGGCGGCUGGAAAGCGAUGGUGAAAGCGGGGCCGUGAGGGGGGCGGAGCCGGCAGCCGGACCCGCAGUAGCGGCAGCGGCGGCGCCGCCUCCCCGAGCUCAGACCCAGGAAGCGGCCGGGAGGGCAGGAGGGAGUCGGGCCCGCCGCCGCCGCCAUGGAGCUCCGAGUCGGGAACAGGUACCGGCUGGGCCGGAAGAUCGGCAGCGGCUCUUUCGGAGACAUCUAUCUCGGUACGGACAUUGUUGCGGGAGAAGAAGUUGCCAUCAAGCUUGAAUGUGUCAAAACCAAACACCCUCAGCUCCACAUCGAGAGCAAAAUCUACAAAAUGAUGCAGGGAGGAGUGGGCAUCCCCACCAUCCGGUGGUGCGGGGCCGAGGGCGACUACAACGUCAUGGUGAUGGAGCUGCUGGGGCCCAGCCUGGAGGACCUCUUCAACUUCUGCUCGAGGAAGUUCAGUCUCAAGACCGUCCUGCUGCUGGCCGACCAGAUGAUCAGUCGGAUCGAGUACAUUCACUCAAAGAACUUCAUCCACCGCGAUGUGAAGCCAGAUAACUUCCUCAUGGGUCUGGGGAAGAAGGGCAACCUGGUCUACAUCAUAGACUUUGGCCUGGCCAAGAAGUACCGGGACGCCAGGACCCACCAGCACAUCCCCUACCGUGAGAACAAAAACCUCACCGGGACGGCGCGGUACGCCUCCAUCAACACGCACCUUGGAAUCGAACAAUCUCGAAGGGACGACCUGGAAUCGCUGGGCUAUGUGCUCAUGUACUUCAACCUGGGUUCCCUGCCCUGGCAGGGGCUGAAGGCUGCCACCAAGAGGCAGAAAUACGAACGCAUCAGUGAGAAGAAGAUGUCCACGCCCAUUGAAGUGCUGUGCAAAGGCUACCCCUCCGAGUUUGCCACGUACCUGAAUUUCUGCCGUUCGUUGCGUUUUGAUGACAAGCCUGACUACUCGUACCUGAGACAGCUCUUCCGGAACCUGUUCCAUCGCCAGGGCUUCUCCUACGACUACGUGUUCGACUGGAACAUGCUCAAGUUUGGUGCCAGCCGGGCCGCUGACGAUGCCGAGCGGGAACGUCGGGACCGCGAGGAGCGAUUGAGACACUCCCGAAAUCCAGCCACGCGGGGGCUGCCUUCCACAGCCUCAGGCCGGCUGCGGGGAACACAAGAAGUGGCUGCUCCCACCCCCCUCACCCCUACCUCACACACUGCUAACACCUCUCCUCGGCCCGUGUCCGGCAUGGAAAGGGAGCGGAAAGUGAGUAUGCGGCUGCACCGUGGCGCCCCCGUCAACAUCUCCUCGUCGGAUCUUACGGGCCGACAAGAUACCUCCCGCAUGUCCACCUCACAGAAUAGCAUUCCUUUCGAACACCACGGCAAGUAGCUGCACGUCUCCCGUUGGAAGGCAGCACUGGAUUCCCGGUCGGGUGGCUUCCAGUGGUCUUCAGUCUGUCGUGCACCGAUGAGAGCUCCUUUGUGCUGUGAAGGGCAGGCAAUGCAUGGCUGAUCUCCUGUUACAUGGCUUUACUAGUGACGCUCCCCGGGCUAGGACACCGGGCACUCUCCAGGCCACCCACCCAGCAACGCCCGUGGGGAAACCAAACAGACUAACCGGACAGACUCCAAGCGCUGCCACCGCCGGGUCCACUGAGGCCCCCGUGGACUGUUGUCCCGGGGCUGGGAAGACGGCCGCGUGAGUGCGAGACACUUGCAGACAACAGACUCCCGAUCCAGAGCCUUUCGGUCCUCCCUGCCGCGGUGGCGCCCGCGCUCCCUGAUGAGUCUGCUGUAACCACCAUCUUCUACUUGGUUCUGACAGUUUUGUAUCAUUUUGCUAAAAAUUACUGGCUUAAAUCUGUGUAAAGAAAUCUUUUUAUUGUU